CAAUAAUUGAUUUAACCCAAAUUUCCAAACUUUUCUAAACCCACUCCUAAUUCAACCACAUUUUGCAUAAAAAAAGAUAAACAACCGACACACAUAAUUCACCUCUAUCCAACCAACAAUCUACGUGUGAGGAAAGUUUUCCUCAGCUCCCAAUUCUAAGUGUCGUGUUCUUCUUCUAUGCUAUCUUCUGUUACACCAUCUAUCUACUCUCCUCUCCACAACACUCCAAUAUCCAUUUUGAGAAAUUCAUGUGAUGACAGAAAUCACAAAUCUGAGCUUAGACCUCAUAGAAUCUAUCCUAUCUCAUCUCCCAAUCGCAUCUUUGAUCCAAGCUUCAACUGUUUGCAAACUAUGGCACACAAUAAUCUCAUCAUCUUCCUUGUCUUCACUCCACAAACAUCAACACAAACCUUGGUUUUUCCUCCAUGGUAUCCACAACAUCUCUUCCAAGAACAAUCAAUCUUUUGCCUUUGACCCUUCUUCUAACUCUUGGUUCCUUCUUCCAACACCUCAACAGCCUCUUCAUUACCCCAACAACACUUCCUUCAUUGGUACUUCGUCUUUCUUCUUCAUCACUGCUCCAAAUUUUGUUUAUACUCCUAUUCUUCAUCCUCUUGUUUGGUUUUCUACUCCACCUCUUCAUUUCCCUCGAAUUAACCCUCUUUUGGGUGUUUUCAAGGAUGGGUCUUUUGUUAAGUUUAUUGUUGUUGGUGGCGUUAGGUUCAUUGGUAAUCUUGUUGAUAUAGAGGAUCGUUUGGAUGUUGAAAUCUAUGACCCUCUUUUGGGUUCUUGGGAUUUAGCUCCUCCUCUUCCUGCGGAUUUCAGAUCUGGAAACUCUUCCUCUUCACUUUCCUCAGCUUUGUUCAAAGGGAAAUUCUAUGUUUUCGGGAUUUAUUCAUGUUUUGUUUCUUCCUUUGAUUUGCAACUUCGUGUUUGGAGUGAUGUUAGGGUUGUUAGGCCUUCUGGGGUUGUGUUUUCCUUCUUGAUUUCUUGUAGGGAAAGUCUUGUUUUGGCUGGGGUUUGUAAUUCUCCAAGUGGGUCUAGCUUCACUUUGUGGGAGGUUGAUGAGACGAGUAUGGAGAUUUGUGAGAUUUCUGUUAUGCCUCAUGAUUUGCUUUGUAGUUUGUUUGAUGGGGACGAGGAUGAAAGAUUUGCUAGCUUGAAGUGUGUUGGGUUGGGUGAUCUUAUAUAUGUUUUCAAUGAGGAUUAUCAUAGGAUGUACCCGGCUUGUGUUUGCGAGAUUCGCAGCGGUCGUGGUCGUGGUGGUGAGAAUAGUGAGUGUUAUUGGAGGAGGGUGCCUCAAUUGCCAUCGUUGAUGAAUAGGUUUCACAAAGUUGUUAGCUUUUGUUCAAAUGUUUCAUUGCAUAGCAUUCUGGGUGAAGGUCAACACCAUGGACUUCAUUAAGCUCGCCGCAUCUCCCCGAGGUAUGUUGUGAUUCAACAGCAAGAAAAGGAAAUACUCAUUGCUAAAAGAAGAAUGAUUUAUAGGUGCUGCUGCACAACUGCACCUAAGGCAUGUGCAUUAUUCACAUAAGAUAAGAGCAGCCGUAAUAAAUGCAAUAAUUUCAUAACUAUAAAAUUUUCUAUGUACUUGUUUAGCUAUCAUAAAGCAUGGAUAAAUCCUUGACUUUCUCUUCCUUUUUUUCCAUUUUGAUAUUGGCAAUUCUGUGGUAUUUAAUAAUUUCAUAUGUAAAUAUAGUGAACCACAUUAUUGAUGUGGAUUAUUCAAUUUAAUGUCAAUGUCAAUGGACCAGUUAGCCCUUGAACUGGUCACACGUGUUAGAAGUUGAGUGUUUUAAAUUACAGUUUGAUGGUGAUUGUCUCAA